AAAAUAUGGUAAUCGAGAUUCUAAGGGCUAUCUCUUACAUCUUUGGAUGGUUUUAUGUGGCGCUUUGGGGUUUCUCAUGCUACCCACAAGCUAUACUUAAUUACCAGCUAAAGUCAGUAGCAGGAUUUUCAAUAGAUUUUGGAAUAAUGCACAUGACAGGCUUCCUUCUGUACUCAAUCUAUUGCUUCGGAGGAUUCACUUAUGCUUAUAUGGGGACUGGAGAUAUCCAACUAGUAGAUUUGUUCUUCCCUACUCAUUGAUUUUUGAUCUCUAGUGUCAAUUUAUCUCAAAUAUGGAUAUAUAAAAGAGGAUCUCAAACAAGUUUUGACAAAAGAAUGGUCAUUCUUGUUACAAUUAUCUGGAUAAUGACUGCUCUCUGGUUUAUCCUUGAAGCUGUAGUAGGAGUGAGAUUCCCAAAUAUAAUUAAUACAUUCCUGCUAGUUGGAUAUUUUAAGACAAUAAUCACUUUCGCAAAAUAUUUACCUCAGGUAUCUCUCAACUACAGAAGAAAAUCAACCAAAGGAUUGAGCAUAACUUACAUCUGCCUCGAUCUCUCAGGGUGAAUAUUCGCAAUGUUACAACAAUUCAUCGACCUCUUCGUCGACAAGUACACCAACCCCACUCACUCCCACAACUUCAACUACAUAAAACUCCUGAUCAGCCUAGUAUCUGCCUCCUUCGACAUCCUCCAAAUAAUCCAGAAGUACAUUCUGUACCCUGAAAUAAAGGGUAGGCUUAUUGAUGAUACGAAAGAUACGUACAGAGUGCAGAUGUCCAACAUGAAACCCUUACUUGAUUAACAAAGGAAGGAGAAUCCAGUUC